AGGUAAUCAAUGAGUGGGCUCACCACAGUCCCAGAUAACAUCAACUUUCCUGCCGAGGAACAGAAAACUUUGAAGUGCUGGAAUGAGAAUAAGGUUUUUGAGAAAUCCCUCAAAUUAUCAGCCGACAGACCACGAUAUACCUUUUUCGAUGGUCCUCCUUUCGAUACCGGCCUUCCACAUUACGGGCACAUUCUUGCUGGAACCAUUAAGGAUGUGGUAACAAGAUGGGCACAUCAAAAUGGUUUCUAUGUCGAGCGCAGAUUUGGAUGGGACACGCAUGGGCUCCGUUUCGACAAAACUUUGGGUGUCAAGGGACCUAAUGACAUACUAGAAAUGGGAAUUGGAAAGUAUAACGCAGAAUGUCGAAGUAUCGUCAUGCGGUAUUCUCAUGAAUGGGAGACAACUGUUGCUCGCAUGGGACGUUGGAUUGACUUCAAGAAUGAUUACAAAACUCUUUAUCCUCGGUUUAUGGAAAGCGUAUGGUGGGCUUUCAGCGAAUUGUUCAAAAAAGGACUAGUCUACAGGGGCGUAAAAGUGAUGCCAUACUCUACUUCUUGCACUACUCCUCUCUCGAACUUUGAGGCUGGGCAGAAUUACAAAGAUGUUGUGGAUCCCGCUGUCUGCAUUGGGCUCCGACUUGAUGAAAACCCGAAGCGUCUAAUGGUGGCAUGGACUACAACUCCUUGGACUCUUCCCAGUAACCUCGCAUUGUGUUUACAUCCUGACUUGGACUAUCUUAUAGUAAAAGAUCCUGCAACUGAUGCUGAGUAUGUGGUUAUGGAAGAACGCUUGUGUGAGCUGAAGAAUGACAACCUUGUGGUUUUGGAGAAGGUCAAGGGACGCACAUUUGAAGGAAAAAGCUAUGAGCCGCUAUUUCCUUACUUCACAUACAUGAAAAAGGAGAGGAAUGCGUUCCGCGGCUUUGCAAUACAUUUGUCACCACAGAUCAAGGAACUGGUAUUGUACAUCAAGCUCCAUAUUUUGGAGAGAUUGACUACCAAGUUUGCCUUGAAAAUGGAAUCAUCACCAAGGACAUGAAAAUUGUAUGCCCCGUUGAUGAAAC